UGCAUGUGUUGCUUUUAUCGUGCGUUUACUGUGAGAGAAUGGCCGCAUCUCUGUGGGACAUUCCAGGCAUAAUUGACGUAGCUGUGAAGAUGUUGUCCGAUCAUCAUCAGUCGCCGUUAUUAUGGGACGCAUCCUUUCAGCGAUUACCAUAUGAUUAUCACGUAUAUAGUCUAAGCACAGCACGCGUCCCAUCCCAGAGCCAGCAUCAAACCCUGAGCAACGUGACCGGGGUUCAUCUUUGAUGAAACUGGUUCACCCGUGACUGAAUAAUACAAAGUCUAUAAAGAGAAAGGAACAGCAGACAGCAUGCGUCGAUAAUGUGUAUUGUACGAUUGAGAACUGCAUUGCAAAACCGUUAGAAGAAAAGAAAAACAUUAUUGGUGACCGAGACCUCAACAGCAUCAACACAACGCUGUUGUGUGUAAACAAACUCGUUCGCAUCUGCCUCAUUAAUAACUACAGUUUGUUAUAAUAUUUUUGAGCGAUUGCUUGCUGUAAAUACUGGUGGGACAAGGUGCACUAAUAAGCGAAACUGUGAGUGUUACUCUGCAGCUUGUACGUGAUAUGCUAGCUGCAUAGUUUCCGGUCAUGGGGAAAGUGAGUGCAUUCCAGAUUCAGUUCGAUGGAGACAGAGAAGUGUAUAAUUCAGGAGAUGUUAUUCGCGGCCAGGUCCGUCUGGAACUACAGGAAACUAAGCAAUUCAGAGGAAUCUACAUGCACUGGAAGGGCAGGGCUGUUGUGACGUGGACUGAGAUAGAGUCACGUGGUAAAUCUAAAGUGACGGUGCUGUACGUAGCCGGCGAGGACUAUUUCGACCAUUACAUCACCAUCUGGGGCAAAGAUCGGAGUGACAUAGACGACACCAAGUUGGAGUUACCGGCCGGACAGCACUCUCUGCCGUUCCAGUUCCAGCUUCCGACCAGACAGCUCCCGUGUUCGUUCGAGGGAACCUUGGGCUAUUCCCGCUACGUGGCCAGAGCCGUUAUUGACCGUCCAUGGACUUUCGAUCACGUCACGAAAAGGGCUUUCACCGUUUCGGGAAUACCCUACGAUUUGAAUAAAGUUCAAAAUCCAUUAGCACCUGUAUACAAUGAAGACGAGAAGACCGUGUGUUGUUUGUGUUGUGCAACCGGCCCCGUGUCAGUCAGUGCCAGUACCGACAAGCGAGCAUAUCUACCGGGUGAGACUAUCUACAUCUCGGCAUCUCUAGACAACAAGAGCAACCGAAGUGUACAUUCACUGGAAGCAGAGCUCAUUCAGUCGGUUAACUAUUAUGCAAGGCGGGAUGGUGUAGGGUCGCCUGGGUACCGUACGACAUCUCAUGUGGUAACCAGUGUCGUCACAGAAGCCUGUGGUUCUUAUGGCACAGCUCACUGGGACAGAAAACCAAUGGUCAUCCCACCACUGCCACCAUGCAAUCUACAAGGGUGUAACUUCAUUGACAUACGAUACUACGUUAAGUUUACUGCCGAUGUAGCGAGUACACCUUUUGACGUGGAUAUUAUGUUGGAGAUCAUCAUAGGCACUAUUCCACUGAAGGGCCAUUGCUACGACAGUCUGUCGUCUGACCAGCCCGGCUCCUCUGGAGCGCCCCCACCGUCGUACGAGGCAGCGUUCGGUAUCCAAAAAGAGAUCCGAGACGAACACGAUAAUGAGUACGUCUUCGGCAAGUUGGUCUUCACGCCAUUCUACACCUUCUACCGAUCAACGUCUACCGUACAAACACACCGCCAGUCGGCUAUAGAAAAGUCAACAACCGUCUAGUUAAGUACGCAAGCCUAACUGCCAAAUAUUAAAGGCACUGGGGUCUAGAAAGAUAGUCCUAACUUUUGGACUAGUCCUAGGACUCGUUAGGAGUUAUUAAAAAACUUAAUACUCGUCCUAAAUCAGGACGAGUAUUAAUUCGUCCUAUAGACGAUGCGACCUCUGACGUCACACGAAAACUAUUACAUGAUUCGCGCGCACACCGCCGGGCAAAACCUUUGUGUUUUUGGC